GGUCCGUCAGUGAACGUGCUCCGCGGGCUCAGUCCGCCCGCCGCUGUGUCCCGGCGUGCAAGUGAGCUUUUUGGCUGCCCCGCGGGCCGGGGUGCGGAGCCGACAUGCGCCCGCUGCUCGGCCUCCUUCUGGUCUUCGCCGGCUGCACCUUCGCCCUGUACUUGCUGUCGACGCGACUGCCCCGCGGGAGGAGACUGGGCUCCACCGAGGAGGCUGGAGGCAGGUCACUGUGGUUCCCCUCCGACCUGGCAGAGCUGCGGGAGCUCUCUGAGGUCCUUCGAGAGUACCGGAAGGAACACCAGGCCUACGUGUUCCUGCUCUUCUGCAGCGCCUACCUCUACAAACAGGGCUUUGCCAUCCCCGGCUCCAGCUUCCUGAAUGUUUUAGCUGGUGCCUUGUUUGGGCCAUGGCUGGGGCUUCUGCUGUGCUGUGUGUUGACCUCGGUGGGUGCCACAUGCUGCUACCUGCUCUCCAGUAUUUUUGGCAAACAGUUGGUGGUGUCCUACUUUCCUGAUAAAGUGGCCCUGCUGCAGAGAAAGGUAGAGGAGAACAGAAACAGCUUGUUUUUUUUCUUAUUGUUUUUGAGACUUUUCCCCAUGACACCAAACUGGUUCUUGAACCUCUCGGCCCCGAUUCUGAACAUUCCCAUCGUGCAGUUCUUCUUCUCAGUUCUUAUCGGUUUGAUCCCAUAUAAUUUCAUCUGUGUGCAGACAGGCUCCAUCCUGUCAACCCUAACCUCUCUGGAUGCUCUUUUCUCCUGGGACACUGUCUUUAAGCUGUUGGCCAUUGCCAUGGUGGCAUUAAUUCCUGGAACUCUCAUUAAAAAAUUUAGUCAGAAACACCUGCAGUUGAAUGAAACAAGCACUGCUAAUCAUAUGCACAGUAGAAAAGACACGUGAUCUGGAUUUUCUGUUUGCCACGUCCCUGGACUCAGUUGCUUAUUUGUGUAAUGGAUGUGGUCCUCCAAAGCCCCUCAUUGUUUUUAAUUGCCUUCUAUAGGUGAUGUGGACACUGUGCAUCAAUGUGCAGUGUCUUGUCAGAAAGGACACUCUGCUCUUGAAGGUGUAUUACAUCAGGUUUUCAAACCAGCCCUGGUGUAGCAGACACUGCAACGGAUGCCUCCUAGAAAAUGCUGUUUGUGGCCGGGCGUGGUGGCUCACGCCUGUAAUCCCAGCACUUUGGGAGGCCGAGGUGGGUGGUUCACGAGGUCAGGAGUUCAAGACCAGCCUGGCCAAGAUGGUGAAAUCCUGUUUCUAAUAAAAAUACAAAAAUUAGCCGGGCAUGGUGGCAGGCGCCUGUAAUCCCAGCUACUCGGCAGGCUGAGGUGGGAGAAUUGCGUGAACCGAGGUGGCAGAGGUUGCUGUAAGCCGAUAUCACACCACUGCACUCCAGCCUGGGUGAUAGAGUGAGACACGUCUCGACAAAAAAAAAAAAAAAAAAAAAAAAAUGAACAAGAAAAUUCUGUUUGUAUUUUGUGGUCUAAUAAGGAGCUCGGGAUAGCCUGUUGUAUUUGCCUCAUGCCAGCCCCUGAGCUGCCUUGGGAGAAGAUGCUGAUCGUCCUUGUCCAGAGUACUGCUUUUGUAGAGUGACAGAUUGCUGAGACAGAUGUCCUCCUGUUGCAUCUUUGGGGAUGUUCAGUACCGAUGAUGACCUGGGAACCCACAUCACUGACACCGCUCUUCAUCUUCUGUCAGUCUCUUGAAGAGCAUUUCUUUUGUACUUUUUUGCUGAUGACCUACCUCUUCAUAAGCCAAGUGAAACAGUUGACGAACUGCCUAGGACUUGCACGUAUUGCUCACAUACAUGAUGAUUUCUGUCACACUCUUGUGUUCAGACCCACUGACGUUACCAUGUAUGUCAAACCUUAUGAUCGCAUGUCCUGACAGUUAAGCUGAUUGCAAACAGACUAUUAAAUAUGAAUGGAGCAAA